AUGCCAGAAGCUGGAUGUAUUGUUGUGCCCAAAUACUUGGAAGAGAACAAUGAAGUGAGCCAAGAGUGCAAGGAGUUGAUACCUACAUUGCCAAAGGAAAAAGGUUGGGUUGCAAGCCAUCUCCACCAGUACCAAGGGUUUUGGCACACCACUAGGCAGCUUCAAGGGGUUCUCUCUUGCCAAAGCCACUUUCAGGCUCAUGACACUGAUAUCCUCGUUGUAAGCACUCCCAAAUCAGGCACCACUUGGCUCAAAGCUUGGACUUUUUCCUUGCUUCACCGCCACAAGUAUCAUCCAAGUACCCAAAACCACCCUUUGCUCACUCACAAUCCCCAUUUUCUAGUUCCCUUCUUGGAACUUGAUCUCUACAUUGACAAACCCUCUCCUCCUGACCUCUCCUCACUGCCCUCUCCAAGGCUUUUCUCCACCCAUCUCCCCUAUGUCUCACUGCCAAAGUCUGUCACACAAACAUCUUGCAAGGUUGUUUAUCUUUGUAGAGACCCCAAAGACGCCUUCAUCUCCCUCUGGCACUUCACCAACAGGCUCAGACCCCAAACCGCAGGUGCCAACUCACUCCAUGAAGCAUUCCAAAAGUUCUGCAGAGGGGUGAGUCUGUAUGGACCCUUUUGGGUGCAUGUGUUGGACUACUGGCGGAAGAGCUUGGAACAGCCCGAGAAGAUCAUGUUUAUGAGGUUUGAGGAAAUGAAACUGAAGCCUGAGUUUGUGUUGAGGGAACUAGCCACCUUUGUGGGGUGCCCUUUUUCCAGAGAAGAAGAGGAAGGUGGUGUGGUGGAAGAGAUUCUGAAGCUGUGUAGUUUCGAUAACUUGAGCAACUUGGAGGUGAAUAGGGAUGGGAAACUUUCGUCUGGUGAAGCACACCGAGCUUUCUUCCGUCGUGGCGAAAUCGGAGAUUGGAAGAAUCAUCUCACGGUUGACAUGAUUCAGGAACUCAAUGCCAUCACUGAAGAGAAACUGGCCCAUCAUGGAUUGAGGUUUUAG